AUGAUCCCUGCCAUCCUGUCCAUCGAGGACUGCGCCGACUACACCAAGACGGUGCGGCCCUUCCUCCCACAGCUCUAUGCCCUGCCACAGCUACUCAUAGCCAACGGCGCCGACCUCGCCGGCCUCAAGGAGAUCUACAUUCAGACCAACCCGCUCGUCACCGGCUUCUCCGUCUCUGUCCUUCUCGGUGCCGUCUUUCUCGCCGUGUCCGAGCUCAACCGCAACUACUCCCAGGUCGACCGCUUGUGGAGCAUCCUGCCCAAUCUCUAUGUGGUUCACUUCGCCGUCUGGGCCCGUCUGGCUGGUCUCCCGUACCACCGCCUGGAUCUUGCCGCCAUUGCUACCACCAUAUGGAGUGCCCGCCUGACCUUUAACUACUGGCGCAAGGGCGGCUACAACAUUGGCUCCGAGGACUACAGAUGGUCCAUCAUCAUGAAGCAGGUCCCUAAGCCCGUCUUCUUCCUCUUCAACGUCACCUUCAUCUCCUUCAUUCAGAGCAUCCUGCUCUUUGCCUUCUCUGCCGCCCCCGUCUACAACAUUCUUCUCUCCACCCGCUUUGAGCCCCAGAUCACCGCCGCCGACUGGAUGUACUUUUACAUCAUUCUCGCCCUGGUUCUUAGCGAAUGGAUCAGCGACGGCCAGCAGUGGGACUACCACCAGGCCAAGCAUUCAUACCUCAAGACGGCCAAGGUCCCCAAGGGCUGGUUCCAGGAAGAGCUCGACCGUGGUUUUGUCACCAGCGGCUUGUGGGCAUACAGCCGACAUCCCAAUUUCUUCGCCGAGCAGGCUAUCUGGUUCGUCCUCUACCAGUGGAGCUGCUUCGCCACCAACACCCUCUACAGCUGGGCCGGUGCCGGCUCCUUUGCCCUAUUUGCCCUCUUCCAGGGCUCAACCUGGCUCACGGAGCUCAUCUCUGCCGGAAAGUACCCCGAAUACGCACACUACCAGAAGCAGGUCGGCAUGUUCAUCCCCACCUCGUUCAAGGGCUAUACGCCGCCCGCUGCCAAGACGCCCAAGAUAAUCCGUACCAGCGAGCUUGCUAAGCGUCAGCAAGAAAAGGAGAAGCAGAAGAAAUAG